AUGACCGCCGGUGCCAAAGCCAACGGUAUCCGCAUGAAGGUUUCCAUAUUUUGAGUUGAUUCAUUUCAAAUUUGAUUCUUAAAAAUUCUUUUAAAAAUUUUUUUUCGUUUUUUUUUCGGGUUCAAAAGUGGUCGAUCGAAAUAUUCAUUAAUUUAAAAAAUUCGAGCUAGUUCUAAAUUUCUGGAAUUUGAGUCAAAUGAUAGCCUGAGUCUCUUGUGUUCGAAGUGAUUCCGCGAAAUUUAAAAUAGCGUCAGAGAGUGAGAAAUAUAACCAAUUUUUGGAGGGUUCGAGAUAAUUUUUAAUCUCACAGAAUUAUUUCAUGCGUUCACAAGUAGCUACUUUUUGCUUAAAAUUUGAAAUUUUCAGCUUUUUUUCGAAAAUAUUCCUAGAAAGUUUUUGUUUUUUUUUCUUUCCGAUGUAAAGAAUUUUCCAAUUUUUUUCUCAAGAAAAAAAUCAGCUGUAUUAUAAGUUACCAAAAAUCCAUUCUUUUUUUAGAGUUGGAAUAGACAAUAAAUUUGAAAAAAACUCUGCAAUUUUUUUGGGAUUUUUUUAAAAAAAUUUAGUAAUAUUUUUUUCAAAUGGACUCUAGUUUCAGAACUACAUGUAGAUGAUUAUUAAGCUGAUUUGAAAAGUAUAUUUUUUUCUCAUUAAGACCUUCAAAAAUUUGAAAGUCCCUGUCCUGUGAAGUUUUUCUAUGCGCAAAUCUAUCAAAAACAAAAAAAAAAACAACUAAAAGAUUUUUUUUCAGUUCAUACUCGAAAUUUUCAAAACCUUUUUCCAUCUAUCGUGUGAUAAAAUAAAUUCGUGACUUUUAUGAAGCCAAUUGAUUGAUGUGUGUAGUCAGUUUCCGAGUCUGCGCAAAAAAUGGCGGCGGCGGGAAAUUUUUGUCCGAAAAAUCACCCCACCAGCCGAUCGCCCUUUCUCUGCGUCUCUUUCUCUUCGGUUUUUUCGUUCUUUGCACUCACAAAGCAGAAAAAAAAACAGAGACAGGUGGGAAGAUAGGGAGUAAAUCACGUAGCAAAUCAAGGUAAUCAAUAAGUUUUUGAAAAGAAAAUGGAGUUUCAAUGAAUCUCAGCUCAAUGGGGAUGGACGGUCUGGGAAAAUUUUUAGUGGCCACUAUAGAGGCUCGCCAAGGACUACUUGGAGAGUACACUAAAGUGGCCACUAUUUUCCGUUUUAGUGGCCACUUCAGUAGUUUUUCAUCCAGUAUUCCUUCCAGUAACUCUGGUAAUUUAAAAACAAACAGAUUGGACCAGUUAUGUUGAUCCAUUGACCCCUAAAGUGGCCACAAAAUUUUUCUAGCUCUUUAAGUGAUAACUAGGAAAUUCCAAGGGGUUACUUUAGUGGAGCUUAUUUCUCCUUAUUGAUCACUUAAUGAACACCGAUUAAUAUAUUUAUCAGUAGUGAAUUUUGGGAUUUGAACCAGUGACCUUGCGGACGGUAGAACCCGUCUACGACCCUGUUUUUAUGAGUAACUUGCAGGUGGACGGCAAAUGGCUGCACAUCAGCGAGGAGCUGAUCCACAAGCACCCCGGCGGCGCUGUUAUCAAGCAAUACGCGUUCGUUUUUACAAAAUCCUAGGAAAAAAACUAUAAAGCAAACGCCUUAGUUUUGAAUCAAUGAAAAGGCAAACUUGUAAAGAAGGAUAAACUUCAAAUACUUUAGAUUAUGAGAACCAGCUUUUUUUUCAGAUACAAGAUCGUGAACCGUGCGAAAUAAAAAAGAACCAAUUUCUAAAGAAAACGUGACUUUACUCGGAGUUUCAGUAUUUUUCAAAAUUCAGAUUACUUCUCCAGGUAUCGGAUAAAGAUUGUGAAAGUUUCAAACUACAAACUUUUUGAAAAACUGGGCUCAAGGCCGUUUUUUGAGAUUAAUCGAUUUUAAAUUCGUUUUGAAGCCUUUUUUUCUCAAGAGUUAUAGCUGAUCCAAUGUUACCUUGAGUCAUCGAAAAAGGGUCCUUACACGAAAAAGAGAGAUAGUGCAUGGCUGGGGGAGAGCACAGACAGGUUACGCCCCCUUAGCGUACCAAGCUUGUCGCUAUUGACAGAAGUCGCUAUAGCUGAUCCACUACUACCUUGAGCCAUCAAAAAACGGUCCUGGCACGAAAAAGAGAGAUAGUGCAUGGCUGAUGGAGAGCACAGACAGGCCACGCCCCCUUAGCUUUCCAAGUUAGCCAUGAAUCGACUAUAGGAAUUUUCACAACUAGGACCUAGCUGAUCAGUUAGAAAGUUUGACCCUGAUUGGUUUCUAAAAACAACCAUAAAGUACAUUGCUCUCCCUAAGUUCCGUCAACUUUCAGAAGUGCCGAUGCGACGCACAUUUUCCACGCCUUCCACGAAGGCUCGUCCAGCGCCUACAAGCAGCUGGACGUGCUCAAGAAGGGCGCCUGGGAUCCGUCGGAGGACCUGGAGGAGCAACUUCGGCUGCGGCACGACAAGGCCGACGUCAACAUCUCCGCCUAUGACAUCACCGUCAAUGAAGUUCGUUUGUGAUUUAUUUUGAAGGGAUUGGAACGGAUUAGGCCAAUAUAACCUAUAUUUUGAAUAUUGACGUCAUUCUUCUUAUUAUUAGUGUCAUAAGAGCGCGCAAACCGGCGCGAGUCGGGUGAAUGGAAAUAUGGCUUCAAAUCGAGCCAAAGCCAGGCGUUUCAAGUCGAAGAAAAUGGCACACAGAAGAACGACGUCACCUUCUCGGUAUUCAGGAGAAGCGAAUCGUCGAAAGCUUCGAACGUCUGCGGCAACGAGUCACGAAGGAAGGCCUGAUGGAGGCCAAUGAAACCUACUUUUUCUUCAAAUCCCUCACAACUCUGGGCUUCAUGUUCCUCGCCUUCUACCUGCAGUAUCUUGGAUGGUGUGUUUUUCAACUUUUUGUAUAGCCUUUUCACUUGUCUGAUUCCUCUAAUUCUUACCUGCUAUUUUCAUGUUUCCAGAAGGUUAGGGAAAGCAGACUCAAAAACUCUAAUUUUAAAGGCGCAGACUCUGUAAAAUGGCUCUUCGUCUUGAGACCUUUAUAAAAAUGGUCGGAGAAGCUAAUAAUAUCCACCGAGCGCACUUUCACUAGAGUUUUCUGCUCCUAAGAUGAGAUUAUUUUUUCUGGGCAUAUUUCUGGAGAUCAGAUUUCUUGAACUGAAAUGAUGAUCUAAAAUGGCUCUUCUCCUUGAGACCUUCAUGAAAAUGUCAAAAAGCCAAAACUUGCCAAUAUUAUCCACGGAGCACACUUUCACUAGAAUUUUCUGCCCCUAAAAUGAGAUUAUUUUUUUCUGGGCAUAUUUCUGGAGAUCAGAUUUCUUGAACUGAAAUGAUGAUCUAAAAUGGCUCUUCUCCUUGAGACCUUCAUGAAAAUGUCAAAAAGCCAAAAUUUGCCAAUAUUAUCCACGGAGCGCACUUUCACUAGAAUUUUUGGCUUUUAAAUUGAAAUGAUUUUUUUUUCUGUAGAUCAGAUUUCGUGAGCUGAAAAUUGUCUUUUCAUGAACCCAAAAACAAAAAAAAAAUUGAGUUAAGGUACAUGACAUCGGCGGUCAGCUUGGCUGUCUCCUGGCAACAAUUCGGCUGGCUUACCCACGAGUUCUGCCAUCAUCAGCCGACGAAGAACCGACGUCUGAACGACUUCUUCGGCGUCGUCUUCGGCAACCUCGCCCAAGGGUUCAGUCGCGAUUGGUGGAAGGACAAGCACAACACCCAUCACGCCGCCACCAACGUCAUCGACCACGACGGCGACAUCGACUUGGCGCCCCUGAUCGCCUUCAUCCCCGCCGACCUCGCCAAGUACAAAGUACCCCUUCAGAAGACCCUGCUCAAGGUUCGACCAUGAUUCAGAAGAAAUUAUCUAUGAUAAAACAACGUCACCAUCGAGAAUAUAUUAUUUCAGUUCAUCCCCUACCAGCACCUCUACUUCACCCUGACCUUGCCGCUGCUCCGAGUUAGCUGGACUUCCCAAUCGAUCAUCUGGGUCUUCUCGGAGAACUCUUCUGAAUAUGUCGUCUACAGGAAGAACGCACUGGUUGAGCAGGUGAGAAAUCUCAGAAUGAGGAUGGGGGGCAAGAACUUAGUGGGGAUUUGGAGAGGCACCAGAGAAAUGAAAAAAACUUGCGUUCCUAAAGAAUUAUUGUGCUUCAUUUAUUUUUUUAUGAGUGUCAUGGCUCUAGAAAUUGAAAAGCGAAUCUUGAAAAAGUUAAAGAUCUCAACAGUUUGAAGAGACGCCAGAGAAGCCAAGAAAAUCUUUUUCUCUGACUUUCUCUCAAGCUACCAUUGAUCUCUCUCCUUUUUUGUUCCUAGACAUCGGAAUUUACAUCCUGCUAAGCUGAGAGGUCUCCAGUUUUCGAAGAGACGCAGAGAAGCUAAGAAAAUUUCUUCUCUGAGAACUCUUAGGGCUGCCGUUGAUCUCUCUGCUUCUUUGUUCCUAGACAUCGUCAAUUGUACUCCGAGAAAGUGAAACCGAGUUAGAGAGACGUCAGAGAAGCCAAGAAAUUCUUUUUCUCUGACUUUCUCUCAAGAUUACCAUUGAUCUCUCCCUUUGUUUAGACCCUAGACAUCGUAAUUUAUUUUCUGCAAAGUUGAGAAGUCUCUAGAGGUUGAAGAGAUGCAGAGAAGCUAAGAAAAUCUCUUUCUCUGGGCAAUCUUUAGGCUGACGUUGAUCUCUCGCUGUUUCUUUGUUCCUAAACAUCAUCAUUUGGAUCUUGAAAAAGUAAGAGAUCUCUAGCGGUUGAAGAGACGCCAGAAAGACAGAUACUCUUCUUCUCUUGCCCCUCUUCAGGCUACCAUUGAUCUAACUUGUCAUUUCAAAAUAGAAUCUGAGGUCUUAACAAAACAAGAAAUCUGCAGAUGACGAUCGUUGCUCACUGGGCCUGGGUCCUCUACCAACUCUACCUUCUGCCCUCGCUCCCGAUCGCCUUCGCCUAUUUCUUCAUUUCGCAGUUCCUCUCGGGCUUCUUGAUCGCCCAUGUGGUCACCUUCAACCAUAACUCUGUUGACAAAUAUCCUGGUUUUGAUGAUUUUUGAAAAUUUCCCAUUUAAAACGAGUUUUACAGCCAACUCCCGAUUGCUGAACAACUUCGCCGCCCUUCAGAUUCUGACGACGAGGAACAUGAACCCAUCGCCAAUCAUCGACUGGGUCUGGGGAGGACUGAACUAUCAGGUUCGAUUGAAUUUCGUGAGGGGAAAUUCCUGAUGUUCUCGGCAGUUGUUUCAGUCAAAAUGAGCCUUUUCUGCCUACUCUUUCAGGAAUUUAAUUACAUUUUUUUGAUAACAGAAAACUUAUUUCUUGUUUAAAGGAGCAUAGAAAUUUUUGUCAUGUGGUCUCGGCGCGAAAAGUCCUUUUUAGGUAACUCAAUACCCUCUGAGCUUCAGAAAGUAUUUUGAAAAAAAUAGAUUUCCUUGGAUUUCCUAUAAAUAAGGAUAGUCUGACGUGUCUGCGUCUCUUCUCCCUCACCGGUGACGUCAUAUAAAUAUGAAAAUAUCACUCAAACGUCGAUUAGGGAGAGAGAGAGAGAGAGAAGAGGGCGCAGAGAAACCAGACGCGAAAUUUUUUCUUUGAAGAUUCUGUUAUAGUCUGUUCAGAUUAUGAAUCUCGAACAGCGCCUUAAGCUCCGCCCCUAAUACUAUAAUAAGCCAAUCAGAUAGCUAUUUCGAAUGACGUCAUCUCGUUUCAAAUUCAAAAUCUGGACUGAUUCCGUUCAGUUUUUGAAUGUCAAGUAGAAUGACGUCAUUCGAAAACGCUCUAUGGAUGGCUCGCUCUGUGAUUGGUUUAUCGCGCCAUUAGGGGGCGGAGCUCGAGCGAGGACUUGAUAUUUAAAAUCUGAACAGACUAUAUGGACAGAAAAGUUUGUAAAAAAGCAGACCUUGCCCAGAAAAGAGCAGCUUUGAGAUCUCUAUCAGAAAGAAAGUGUUGUCUCGGACUCUUUUCCCAAGGCAAUUUUCCAGAUCGAGCAUCACCUUUUCCCCACGAUGCCUCGUUGCAACCUCAACAAGUGCAUGAAGUACGUCAAGGAGUUCUGCCGCGAAAAUAAGCUACCGUACAUGGUUGAUGACUACGUCACCGGCUACUCGCUCAACCUUCAGCAGCUCAAGAACAUGGCGGAAAUCGCCGCCAAAACCGCUUGA